UUUGAUUUGGAGUUUAAUACAAGAGUCAACAUAGGAAAGAAUGGAGACGAAAUGGUUGAUCUUUUGAUAUUAGUAGUUUUAGAUGCCUUACAUGAAAAGUAUGAAAUCCAUGGAGAGCGUGAUUGGAUAUCAGUAGUUGAUCUUUUGAUAUCAGUAGUUUUAGAUGCCUCUAUAAUGGUUUCUCUCUCUUGCUUCCAACAGCUUUCACUGCACAUUAAUACUUCUACUAAAACCAUCACAAAUACUAACAACCUCUUUAUUUUCAUCUUCACAGAUUGUUUUGUAAGAUAAUGAGAUUAACUGGCCCUUUAAAUAAACAAAAUCCUUUGAAUUAAAGGUUUGGUCCAUAAUUUUUCCAGCCUGUAAUUGCUGGACUAGGGGAUGAUGACAAACCAUUCAUUUGCACAAUAGAUGCAAUUGGGUUUCACUAACAGAUAUGAUAAGGGGUAGCACUCUUAGGUUUCAGCCUGUGUUAGAAUUAUGCACUCACCUAUUGCAUCUUUAUCGGCUAAAGUUUAUUUCUACCAACCCCAAUUCAAAGAUAAAUUCACAACCAAAAUUUUCAAUAUAGAAUUUACACUCUCCAUAAAACUCCACUUUAACUUAGAAAUGUUUUGUAAAUCAAACAAUAAUACUUUUUUAAGUGUUUUUUUGCAGGCUCACAUCAAUUUCUGAGACAUUUUAUCAAUUAUAUUUUAUAUAAUUGAUGCAACUGAUACUUUGAUGAUAUUGGAUAAGCCUAAAGGAAAGAGUGUGGAGCAUGAUUGCAAGAUAGAAUAUGAAGUCGAACCUUGCGGAAGAAGUAAUGUAAAUGGUAGUAAUUGUGUUGAUGUGAAGAAAUCAAGCUUCCCAAUGCAAAAUGGUGGUUAUUUUGUCUAUGGAGUUGGUCAUAUGCAUACUGGUUCAAUUGGAACAACUCUAUAUGGAAAGGAUGGGAAGGUUAUAUGUAGCUCAAUCCCAAUAUAUGGAAAUUGCAGUGAAGCAGGAAAUGAGAAAGGGUAUGUUGUAGGAAUGUCCACUUGUUACCCUCAGAUAGGCUCUAUCAAGAUACUUGAUGGUGAAACUUUAACUCUUGAGGCUAAAUACAACAACAACAUAAGACACUCUAGAGUAAUGGGACUUUUCUAUUUCUUGGUGGCAGAAAAGCUACCACACCAUCAUGUUUAACGUUCCUAUCAUUUUAAUUAUGGUAAAUUUUGUGGUGUAUGGUAACUGAUUGUGCGUGCAUGUUAUGUUGAAAAAAUAAUCAAAAUGUGGUGUUG